AUGGCUCCGACCGCCUACUCCACCGCCGCGUCUCCCCCGACCGCAGCACCAGCUCGUGACUCGACUAAAAUCGUCCUUCGUCAGUUCCACAACGAAGAUCUGGACCAAGUGAUUCAGCUCUUCAAAGAGGGCAUGCUCUACUAUCCUGGCCAGCGGAACAACGGCCGCCUGCACCAGUUUAUCGACGAAAGUCUCAAGACGGACCUAAGCGACAUCGCGGGCACGUACGUCACCCCAGGUGGCAACUUCUGGAUCGCCACGCCUCGCGACGAGCCAUCGCUCGUGGUCGGCAUGGUGGGGCUCGAGCUGAAGCCCAACCUCGAGGCUGAGCUGCGUCGCAUGUCGGUGAAGAUGGAGCACCAGCUCCAGAAGAUCUGGCUCACCACUGGCGCUGUGAUGGACAAGGCGCGGAACUUCUACGACUCCAAGGGCAACGUCGAGACCGACCAGUACUUCAUGAGCGUUGACCCUCCGUACGAGGUGGUGAGGAUCGAGAAGGUGUUGGCUCCCGCAGUUGACAAGAACGCGGCUUUGUGA